CUCUCUCUUUUUUCCAAUGUGCGGUAUUUUUUCCUCGCACGUUUCCUGGCGAUUAAUUCCCAUCCCCUUUUCUUCGCGGGAGCCGACCGCCUUCACGGAGAUUUAACCUGCAUUCAGAGGGUCCUGUCUAUUUGCACACAUCCAGCCUCCUCAUUGUGAGGGCCGCCUCUGUAGAAUGACCCUGCAAUGAUCCAGAAGAGGAGGAACGUGAUUCUGCUUGAGGAUGGAAACAGAGACAUUAGCCAAACCUGCUAAUCAAAGAACUGGCAGUCCAAGGGAUAAGGAUCCUUUUGCCCACUCUGCCAACACUAUCAAAAUGUUUGUCAAAGUCACUGGAUAAGCAAAGACCAAAGGUCAGUCCCAGCAACAUUUCCAUUGUAGGACUCUGACGUGUAUUUUCUGCUUGGUUUGCUUCUGGAAGAAUCUGGAAACAGAGGAGGGAAAUUAUGAAGACCAACAAGCUCUCCUCUGUUAUAGCUUCUUCCUCUUGAGAGAUGGGUUAAGAAGAGCAAACUGCUGACUCUGAUAACUUCUCUCCCUGUUGCCUCUCUGCUGAGGUUACUGCCCCAUUGCUGGAAGGGACAUUAUCUGCCAGAAGCAGGUGGUGCUGAAAAGGAGGUGAAAGCCUAGAGCAAUUUCCAAAGGUAUCUCAGGAAAUCGGCUUCAAAAUGGCAAUUAUUACAGCAUACUUGACACUGUGGGUCUGCUUGCUGGAUGUUUUCUCAGUGACUUGGAGCCGUCAAAUGGCUGGUGGAGGCCCUGUAAUACUGGAUCACCCAUUCAUCACCGUCUGGAAUGCUCCCAGUCAAGAAUGUGAAGAGAAAUACAGAGUAUCCCUUGACUUGCAGAUUUUUGAUGUGGUUGCCAACCAGAACGAAUCAUUCACAGGGAGCGACAUUACCCUUUUCUACAGCCACAGGUUAGGAUAUUAUCCAUACUACACUGAGAACGGCACAGCAGUCAACGGGGGCACCCCCCAAAACGCCAGCCUCAAUAGUCAUCUUUGGAAGACUGAGCAAGAUAUUGAAAAAACAAUUUCGGAGGCAGGUUUCAAAGGUCUGGCGGUUGUGGACUGGGAGAGCUGGCGUCCCUUGUGGGUUCGCAACUGGGACUCCAUGCAGAUCUACCAGAAUAAAUCCAUAGAGCUGGUGAAGGAGAAGCACCCCGACUGGCCUGCUGAUAAGGUGGCUAGGGAAGCUAAGCGAGAAUUCGAGCAAAUGAGUCAGGCGUUCAUGGAGCUGACUUUGGCGCUUGGCCAAAGCCUGAGGCCGGAGGGUUUCUGGGGCUUCUAUGGCUUCCCUGACUGCUAUAACAAUGAAUACAAAAGCACCGAUUACACCGGAGAAUGUCCAGAGAUUGAGAAGCAGAGGAAUGACGAAUUGCAGUGGCUGUGGAACCAAAGCCAAGCUCUCUAUCCCAGCAUUUAUCUUCCCAAAGAGCUCUGGUUCCUCAACAAGACUCUUGAGUUUGUCCGUCAUCGAGUCCAAGAGGCAUUCAGGAUAGUGAACCAGACGGGGAAUGGAAGCAUCCCAGUCUUGCCUUGCUCCAUUGAAUAUCAGUUCACAGAGACACAGAGCUUCCUGUCACAGGAGGACCUGGUCCACACCAUUGGUGAGAGUGCUUCUCAAGGUGCUGCUGGGGUCAUCUUGUGGGGGAGCACAAAUGACAGUAACUCUGAGGAAGCCUGCCUCGAUGUGAAGAAGUACGUGGACACUGUCCUUGGUCCGUACAUUGUAAACGUGACCAGCAGCACCAGGCUGUGUAGCCAGAUUUUGUGUUCAAAGAACGGCCGCUGUGUGCGGCAGGACGGGCACCUCGAUGCUUUUCUGCACCUCACUCCUGCCAGCUUCUCUAUUCAGAGGCAUUCGGAAGAGCCACGCUUUGUUGUCAGGGGUCAGAUGUCAGCGAAGGAGCAAGUCCAGAUGGCCAAAGAAUUCGCAUGCCAAUGUUACAGCGGCUGGGAAGGCUCGCAGUGUGAGAAAAAGUCAACCUAAGAGAGAGAGGCACCUUAUCUGUUUGCACAGGCACUUACCGUAUUUUUCGCUCCAUAAGAUGCACCUGACCAUAAGACGCACCUAGUUUUUAGAGGAGGAAAACACGGAAAAAAAUAUUCU